AUGCCCUUUAUAAGCUGCAGGAGCAACAUCAGCUGGGGCGAGAGGGCACAGAACAACUUCUCGAUUUCAUCUACUCUGCUUGCAGCCUGCUCAGCUGGACCGCACGAGAAGCGCCUCCUGCACGCUCUGCUGGACAACUACAACAGCUUGGAGCGGCCCGUGGUCAACGAAUCCGAUCCACUGCAAUUGAGUUUCGGUCUCACACUUAUGCAAAUCAUCGAUGUGGAUGAAAAGAAUCAGCUGCUCAUCACAAACAUUUGGCUCAAAUUGGAAUGGAACGAUAUGAAUUUGCGUUGGAAUUCCAGCGAGUUUGGAGGUGUCAGAGAUUUGCGUAUACCGCCCCAUCGAUUGUGGAAACCCGAUGUGCUUAUGUACAAUAGCGCGGACGAAGGCUUCGAUGGCACCUACGCCACCAAUGUGGUUGUGCGGAACAAUGGCAGCUGCCUGUACGUGCCGCCCGGCAUCUUCAAGUCGACGUGCAAAAUCGACAUCACCUGGUUCCCCUUCGACGAUCAGCGCUGCGAGAUGAAGUUCGGCUCCUGGACCUACGAUGGCUUUCAGGUGAGUUCAGCGGCAAACUAA